AGGUUCUUCCCUUUCCGGAGUACUCACUUCAAAUACCCCAACAAUGUCAAUGUGUCGUCGUGUGUUUCCUACAGUACAUACUAGUUUUCUUCUGAUGUCCUGGUGAGCAUCUGAGACGGUGGAGAUACGCUAAAGCUAGACAUAUACUGUAGUAGUUUCGCGAAGUUUGAGAAAAAAUUAGCGUGCUCCCUUGCACCGAAAGUACUUGCGAUAAAAAGGAGCCAGCAGAGCUCGGAGCUCUGCUCCCAGGUACUUGCGAUAAAAAGGAGCCAGCACCGAAAGUACUUGCGAUAAAAAGGAGCCCCUGGGAGCCUCCCAGGGGCUUGUUUCCAUUUUAGCACCGGGGAGGCUGUGGUGCGGUCAAACAAAGCAUGAUGCACUAUGAGCGCUAGCUAAGCGCUUUCGAAAAAUUUAACCAUGAGCGAUAACUUGGUCGACCGACGGUUCACGGACGGCGAUGGUGACGAUGCGGCGGCGGUUGCUGAUUCACUCAUUAUCGACGAAGACGUCCCCAAUGAACCGUCGUCCAACAAAACCGGGUCCUCUUCCGCAAAGACGGUUAGUUUUGGGCAAACUACCGCCGCGAGUUCGACGUCCCUCGGGGGCCCAGCAGGCGGAGCGUUCGCGCAACUUCGUUCCGAGGGGUCCGCGGUGGCGGGCAUUGGGGAGGAGCGGGACAGAGCGACGCUGCAGGAAGAAAACCUGAAUAAAAUAGACAGCUACAAUAGUGAGAAAGUGAGCUACGGUUCUGGUAGCAGUGGCUAUGGCGGCGAAAACAUUCGCUCCAGGCGCCGGCAGGCAAGCAGCUUCAACGCAUCGGCGCAGCGGACGAAUAAGUUGAGCUACACGCCCUGGGACGCGUUUUCUACCGUUUCUUUCCGCAGGGAACUUACGAAAGACGUGAUGCGACAGACGGAAUUCGAGUCGGGGGAACACGGAAGGAUAGAACGCGUCUGGUUCGAGGCGUCCAGCUGGGUGAUACCCGGAAUCGGGGGAUUCAUGGGGGCGGCUAGUGCGAGCUUUAUCGAAAUCAUGGUCGAGAAAAUUUUCACCUGGCGAAACGGCUACUGUGUGGAUAACGUUUUUGCGACGGCGAAGGACUGUUGCGGGCACGACGUAUUUUUACGUCCUUCGUCAUUUUGAUUUUGAUUUUCGUAGUUGAUGUGCUUCUGAUCUGAGUUUGUGUUUGCUAUCCACUAUGUUUAUCAAGACCAUCACUGUAGUUGCUGAUCUGGUCCCAUUCCCAAUGUAUAUCUAUCACCAGGUCGUCGCAAACUUCGCGUGUCAACCGCUGGUGACUACCGCUCCUGACGGUACCACGACCGCCGCUCCGCAAGGGCAGCUGAAGACCUGGGGCGAGGUUCUCGGCCAGAGUCAGGGCGGCUUCGAGGUGGCUACCUGGCGUAGCCUCGUCCUGGCGGUGUCCGGGGUCCUGCUCACCGUCAUUGCGGCGAUUUUGGUGAAGAACGUGGCUCCGGCGGCGAGAGGAUCCGGGAUUCCGGAGAUUAAAACCAUUCUCGGUGGUUUUCACAUGCCCGCGGUCUUGUCCGCACCAACCCUUUUCAUCAAAUGCAUCGGCCUCUGCCUCGUCGUGUCUGCUGGUAUGUGUCUGGGGAAGGAAGGCCCCUUGGUGCACGUGAGCUGCUGCUGGGCCAUGUUAUGCUCGACUUUGCUGCCGGGAAACUUCGCCGAAUCACAUGCGAAAGUGCGUGAGUUGCUGUCCGCGGGCGCGGCGGCCGGAGUGUCCGUGGCGUUCGGUGCGCCGCUUGGAGGAGUGCUCUUCAGUUUUGAGGAGGUACUUACUUACUUACUUACUUACUUACUUACGUACUUCCUUGUACUGGUGUCAUAGAACAAGCUCCACCGUGAAUGUACCUAGUUGGAUGGAGUACUUCUGAUCCAUUGCAAUCGCGUUGAUUUUUGAGUCUUUCAUAAGGAGCAAAGCAUGAUCUGUAGCACAUCACAGGUAUCGACUUUCUUUCCUUCCCGGACAUGCUCCCGAGCAUUUUUCGCAGCCGUUUGUGCGGCGUUGAGUUUGCAGUACUUCGACCCGACGGGCACGGGCAAAUUGACCAUGUUCCAAGUCACCGACACGGGCAUGAUCCACUUUAUGGAGUACAUCCCCUUCGCUUUUCUGGGCGUGAUUGGGGGCGUUCUGGGCGCGAUCUUCGUCCGGUUGAACGGCGAUCUCUGUGCCACCCGGGCGUCGGUAUGGUGGAGGUGCAACGUCCCCGUUGUCGCCGAGGUAGCCUGCAUCGCGGCGUUUACGGUUGUCGUGAACAGCUUGAACGUCCUGCUCGUUCCCCUCGGAACCAGCGUCAUCCACAGGCUCUUCGCCCCCUGCAGCGACUUCUUUGCGCAGGGGAGCAGGAUUCAGAACCUGAAGGACGAGCUGGAACUUUGUUCCGUCGAGGACGGCACGCCGAACUUUUCCCUCGUGUCCCUCGGGACCCUCGCGCUGGCCUGCUUCUACCGGUUUCUGCAGAUGACGAUAACCUUCGGCACCGGUAUCCCGGCGGGGCUUUUCGUCCCGUCCCUCUUCUGCGGCGCAUGCAUCGGCCGAAUGCUCGGGAACGCGCUCUGGUACGUCAACCUGCAGCUCGACCCGGAGAACGUGUUCAUUGAUCCGGGGGUGUACGCCAUGAUCGGGGCGGCAGCCAUGCUGGGCGGUGUGUGCCGGGUGACCAUCUCCCUGGUGGUGAUCAUGUUCGAGCUGACCGGUGCGCUGGAGCACAUCGUGCCCUUCAUGCUCGCGGUGCAGGUUGCGCGCUGGGUGGGCGACGUCUUCGGGGAGGGCAUUUACGACUGCCACAUACGGUUAAGGAAGUACCCUUACCUCCACGAGCCGGAGGACCAUAUCGUGAAGGGCACGGCGGCGGACAUUAUGGACGACGACAUUGACUGUAUCUGCGUCGAGGACCCGAACACGGUGGGCACCAUGACGGAAAUGCUGGAAGUGUUUCCGAACUACAACGGCUUCCCGCUCGUGCGGUCGGAAUUCGGCGACGCGGGCGGGGACGAGUGGGUGCUGCUCGGCUACAUUCACGCAAACGAAUUAAGGGCCAUGGUGGAUAAAAGUCCGAGCUACCUCCACCGAGGCAACAGAAUAGACGACGAAACGCCAGUGUAUUGUUUUUAUUGAUGUAAUGUUUUGAACAACUUUCUGUUUCUCGCCACACGUCACAGAGGCGAAAAAACGUGCGUUAAGAAGUGACUUCAGUAUCUUGUGAAAAGUUGCGAACGCGAUGCAAUGUAAACAUAAACGAAAGUGAAGCUAAAUCUGCACGAUAUGUUGAUUACCCCUAUGUGAAACAUCAGGUUUUUCGACCGGCAGAAGAAACAUGAGGAGAACCCGGGGCUUGACUACAGCGCUUUACUAGACGACACGAUUAUCAGAAUUGUGCCGGAAACGCCACUCUUUCUCGUCCACCAGAUCUUCCACAAACUUGGUCUCCGGUUUGUUGCCGUCGUUUCUGCAGGGAAGUUCCGCGGUUUGAUCACGAAGAAGGCGUUUGUCCGGCACUUGCAGGAGGUCGAGCAUACGGAGCACCUCGCGCCCGCGGCGAAACUGCCGCAGGAAUCCAUCUCUCCUCUGUCUGGCAGCAGCAGCGCCCUCGCCGGCGACAAGUCUCCUGACGCCGUAUCGGAAAAUGGCGACGUCGACUACGUCCCAAAGCAUAAAACUUUCAUGGACGACCCAACGGAGUGGGCCACGCGGACACAGCCGGUCGCGAGCGUCGAAAGCAUCCACAAGGCGGACCAGCACCAUUUGGUUCUGCAUCCAGAAAAACGGGGCGAGAUGGACCAUGCCCAUGUGCAUCACGUUAUUCAUCCGAAGCAGUCACCAAUUUUGUCUCCGGCUUCGUCGACGAACGCUGCGGAUGAACAUGCGAGUAGUGCGGGAGGUAAGAAGGACGCGAGUUCUACUUCACCGGAGGAAGGGUCAACCCCGAAGAGAAUGUCGUUGCUGUCAUCAGCGAAAGGCAGGUUUCGUGCGGCAGGUCGAGUCGUGCAGGCGGGGAUCAGACUGGCAAAUCAGGUACUACAUUCAUACAAGAAUACGUCAUACCGAAGCGUUUUUUUCUUUGCACUUAACGUUGACUCGUACUUAAUCCUGCAAGCACCACACAGAAGAGAUUCGUCCAAAAAAUCAAGCAAAACUCGUUCACACGAAAAGAAAACAAGUAAAGUCGGUCUCGUACAACCACAUGUGUCGUAAAAUCAUCGUACAACAAAAGGGAACGCGCGGAUGGACUCCAGACGAAACACGCACGACGUCAGUUUCCCUGUCCGCACGGAAGGAGGACUCACCGAAGGACUUUUCACCACCCUCGAUACCGAGUGUCCGGCGCCCAACCAGUCUUAUGGUGGUGAUUCCGAGCGACAUUGACGGCCGCCGCUCCUCGAGCCGACCCGUGCAAACUUUUAUUAUAGCCUUUUCGUUCGUUCACGUUCACAUUUCUGUGCCGUUGGUAGCAGUAGACUCGGUUUCGUUGUUCGUCCGUAGAAACUGAAACACGCACAAUUUUCUGGUUUUUCGUAGAACUGCAGCCCGACCGUUAAAGCCAAACGCUAGACAUGAUCGUGGAGCUGAAAUCAAUUCCAGCGCAAGGCAUCAAACUCAAACAACUGCGACUACAACAUUAUUUACAGGCUCGCUUCGAGCGGCGCAACCUGGCCGUGCGCAAGACGCAGUGGGCCCAGCAGACGAGCAUCGCCCUUGGACCUCUUGGAACGCUUACCAGUAACCGCGAAAGCUUGGACAGCAUUCACGAGCAGGGGGAGAACUCAGAACGGCUGGUGGACCGUCGUCGUAGCACGUCAAACACACUACCGGGUGUGUCGAUACCGAUCGGAGGGGGCAACGAGAUGGAUCGAGACGUGAGCAAGAGAAUGGAAGACCUGUCGGAGCCCCUGCUGCCGAGGAAGCAGGGUUAGCAGUCGAAAAAACAUCGGUUGUUUUGAAAUUUGCGGACAACAAGUGAAAAGUAGUUGUACUUGAUGCAAGCGAAAAACCCUGCUACACGAGAGCAGGUUCAAACCGGUUUUUAUUCACCACUUUCUGCCACCAUACAUAGAGAACAGAAGUUCUUUUUUGCACCACAAAUCUCACUCCACAUUGUGUGUGUCACAAAGCGAGCACUGGUUCCACGGCGCCGUGUCUCGAUUGCGUGUCUUAAUAUUGCGACACAGAAUAGGUAAAAACGUACAGUAAAGCGCCUUGCAGUUGUGGCAAGUGCGACUUUUGGGACCGCGCUUUGAUAUUUUGAUAAAUUGUAUAGGAACCCGGCGCUGCAGCUGCUCCUGCUAG